CAAAACCACAGACUAAAAUUUUGACGAUUGUAAAUUUUUGAUUUUAAAUAAGUAGUUGAAAAAAAAAUUAUCAAAAAUGGGUCGAGCAGAGGUAGGAUCUAUAAAAUACAUUGCAAAUAAAAUGAAAGCAAAAGGUUUGCAAAAAUUACGAUGGUAUUGUCAAAUGUGUCAGAAACAAUGUCGUGAUGAAAAUGGUUUUAAAUGCCACACAUUAUCGGAAUCCCAUCAGAGGCAGCUCUUAUUAUUUGCUGAUAAUUCUCGGAAAUAUAUGGAUGAUUUUUCAAAAGAAUUUGCUACUGGAUACUUAGAAUUAUUAAAACGUCAAUUUGGCACAAAGCGUGUCCCAGCUAAUAGAGUUUACCAAGAAUACAUUGCAGAUCGAAAUCAUUUACAUAUGAACGCAACGCGAUGGGUAACCCUUACAGGAUUUGUGAAAUGGUUAGGACGUGAGGGAAAAUGUGUGGUUGAUGAAACGGAAAAAGGCUGGUUCAUUACAUACAUAGAUCGUGAUCCAGAAACAAUUGCACUACAAGAGAAAAUGCAACGUAAGGAAAAAAUGGAAAAAGACGACCAAGAAAGAGAAUUGGCAUUUUUACAAAAACAAAUUAAACGUGGUAAGAAAUUGGCAAAAGAAAAUCAUAAAGACGAGGAAGUUGAGAAACCUGAUAUUCUUGAAGAAAUACCUGAAGAUCGUGAAAAAGUUAAAAUAAGUUUAUCAACAGUCAAACCAAAACUUGAAACAAAGUCAGUUAUAGAAUCAACAAGUAAAAGAAAAAAUUUUGAUGAAGAUGAAAGAUCAGAUGAACGAUCCCAAAAAGAACGAAAAAAAGUUAAAGUUGAAAAUCAAAAGAAAACAGCGUUAGAUGAAAUUAUAGCAGCCGAAGAACGUGCAAAAGAAAAAAGAAAUCGUAAGGAUUAUUGGUUAGCAGAAAAUAUUGUAGUGAAAGUUGUUACAAAAUCGUUAGGUGAUACCUAUUAUAAGAAAAAAGGUUAUAUUAAAGAAGUGAUCGAUAAAUAUUCAGCAGUUGUGUGUAUGCUAGAUACACGACAUAAAGUUAAAUUAGAUCAAGCGCAUUUAGAAACAGUAAUACCAGCUAUUGGUAAAUCAGUUCUAGUUGUAAAUGGUGCAUAUCGAGGCUCAAGAGCAACAUUGUUAAAAGUACAUGAAGAAGAUUUUUGUGCAACAAUUGAAAUUGAAUCAGGACCUUUGAAAGGACGUAAAGUGAAUAAUGUACAAUAUGAAGACAUUUCUAAAUUGUAUAAUGAAUAA